GUUCUCUCCCGACUCCCGUCUCUUAGUCCUCUCGUGUCUCUUCAUUUUUAUCGGUUCCCGUCUGAGUUCUCUCAACGGCGACGGCGACGGCGAUGGCGACUGCGACGACGACGGCGGUAGGGACGGCGACUGCGACGGCGACGGCGAUGGCGAUCGAUUGAGGGACAAAGCCCCUUUCUUCUGCAAGUCUCUCCUUCGUCCCUCUUCCUUCUGCGACGGCGACGGCAACAGAGCAUGUCCUGCGCGCGCUCUGCUCUGGACUGAGGGGCCGCCAUCUUCACUUUGCCGGCUAUACACCUCCAGUUUGCGACUCAUCCUCUCGUCCGACGGUUCCAGCUCUUUGAUUCGCCUCACCGACUUGGCAAUCUCGGCGUUCUUGGAGCAGAUCAGGCCCUCCGGCAGCGGGACGAGGAACGCUGUCUCUGGGACGACCUCGUGCUCGGGGAGCUCGAGCUUGACGUGCGACGGCGGCUUCGGCGAUUUCUGGAAGCCCAUCGCCAUCUUCACUUUGCCGGCUACCAUCGGAGGGAGAUUAUGGAGCUUGGGUUUCCGGACGACGGUUGUAAUUACUUGGGGCAUUUGAGGGAGAUUAGAAAUGUGGGCGGGGGUUCCGCUUUCUAUCAGAAUCCUAAGGCUAGGCUUGAUCUGGUCCCGAAAGAUGUCAAGAAGCUGAGGUUGGGAUUACAGGGUAUGGAAGAAAGGGGUGAGUUUGCGUUUGAGUGGACCUUCCAUCUUUCUAUUUUGAAGACCAAAAAAAUCUACAUUGUUCUUGUCUGGUGCAGGGUCUUAGCUUUUCUUGUUGCUUCUCAGAUUCUUUGGAUCAUCACAUUUUAUUCUACAGCUUGUCGUAGUCUCUCCUCACUGAGAUCUCUGAGUGUGGUCAAGCUGUGACAUUCGAAGAGGCAUUUACAUAGAAAUAUGUAUGUCGUCUGGUGGAAAUGCACCUCUUUAUACAUAUUUGUGCUAGCAUAUGCUUCUUUGUAUCUUUGUAUGACCCUGGUGGUGGUUGAAUUUUGAUCACAAUAGAACUAAUAUUGUGGGGAAAUUAUGCACAACGGAUGAUGAUUCAGAUUCUCAACAGUAUUUCCUCUCUGGCCCAUUCAGCUAUUCCCUAGUUAUCAGCGUUUACUUAUCA